AUGAAAAAAAUUGUUGAUACAGCAAAAGGAAUGAAUGAAUCCAAGCAGGCUGGAGCACACAAGAUGAUCCCGGCAGCGGCCCCUGUUGUUGAUCUGAUGGCCACAGUGGGUGUUGAUGGAGAAUGCUUCGGUGGUCCGUCGACAGGUGUGGUUGUGGGACUCCCAGCAGGUGUAUUGGACCCCGCAUUCCCGGCCGGAUUGGCCAGCAUCGAGCUUAUACCAUGUCUCGUAGAAUUCACAGCCCCCGUUCUCGUCACAGGGGCCCCGCUUGAUGGCCUCGACAGAAGUUGGUUGGAGGAUCAAGUUGGCGAGCAGGGCGCAAGUGAUGAAGAGGGAUCGAUACAUAUCUAA